GUGAGAGACUGACAGACCAACAGGGUUGAGGCCAGUGUCUGGUGCUGGGUCCUGGUGCACACACAACAACACACACCAGACACACACACACACUCAAAACACACACACACACCUCAAAACACACAGGCAGCACCCCGGCCAAGGUGUGAAGAGGAGACGGAGUCAGCAGCUCCUGAACGGGAUUAUAAAGGGCGGAAAGCUGAUCGCGAGGUUGUUGGUGAUCCAGGGAGAGAAGGAGGAGGAGGGUUGAGGAGGAGCAGGAAGAGGAGCCCUGAGGAGGUGCUUGCAGCAGGAGGAAGAAGGAGAGAACCAAUUCCCUGCAAAACAACCCGGAUUAUGGGGCAUCAAAUUAGACACAAAAACUGAAAACGCCAUGAUGACGGAAGGACAAUAUGGAAAUAGCUCUCCCCUCAAAACGACGGAAAAUGGCUUCAAACGAAAGCCCCCUUAUUCGGUGGAGACCCCAUACGGCUUCUCCCUGGACUUGGAUUUCCUGAAAUAUGUGGACGAUAUCGAGAAGGGCAACACCAUCAAAAGAGUCCCCAUCCACCGCCGGAGCAAGGGCCCUCGCUCCAGCACUCUCCCCCGGCACCUCAACCUCUCCGGGGGCGGCUGUCGGCCAAGCCCCUGGGGCUCCACCGGAGCUCUGGGGCCCAGGUCACGGCUCUCUGAGGCCGACCAUGGGUACAGCUCCUGGACCCACGACCGCAGGACGCCGGCGUCCCCCCCCGGGUUGAGGACCCUGACGGAGAUGGAGGCUAGGAUCAAGGCGUUUGAUGAGCAGCCUGUCGGGGAGCACAUUGGACCGCACCUCCUCCGGGCCUCCAGCAUGCCUCUCACGGUGCUCCUCAGGCAGACCUCCGAGACCUCCGAGGACCCAGGCAGCCUCCGGAGCUCCAGGGACCACCUCGGAGAAAGGGAUUCCUCCUGCGAGGACAUACCCCGCAACCUGGAGUUCUCUGGGCUGCUGCGGCGUCUGACAGAGGCCCUGGAACGAGUGGGCGAGCUGGAGAUGGAGAUGAGGGUCAUACCCGAGCUCAAAGCGCAGAUCUGCAUCCUCCAGGAGGAGCGAGAGCGGCUUCGUCUCGGCCUGCACCCGCUCGCCCCACAACCCGAAUCGGGCAACGGGACCAUUAAAGACCCUAGCAUCUCCAGCUGGUCUCAGGCCACCGGGGACCUCAAGCGGCACAGCAACGGAUGCCCAGCCUUCCCUCAAAGCCCCCGCGCCGCAGGCCAGGACAGUGACAACCCGCUGCACGAGUGGAGGAGCAGCACCGAUCUGGACGAGCUGCUGACGGUGACGUCGCUGCAGGCCAAGGUGGCGGCGCUGGAGCAGAGGCUCCACCUCAAUGGCCUGGAGCUCCAGCGGGCCCUGAGGGAACUGGGGGAGCAACGGGAGGAGGGCCAGAGGAAAGACGAGAGGAUCGAACACUUCAGCGUGAACCCCAUGAUCUGGGUCUGUGCUGAGAAGGUGGUGGUGGACAGCGACGACGAGGACGGGACUGGUACUUCGACCGGAGACAAGGCCCGCUCGUUAGGAGACUCCAACAAAUCGGCCGGGGAACAGACCAUCGCUUUCCCCCAUGGACAAAGAAACGGGCAGCAAGUGUCUGCGGUUUGUCUCCCCCAGAAGUCCAACAGCAGCAGUUCCUCUUCCAUCCCCAUGGAGCUGGAGGAGGCUCAGCCCGGGGCUGUGGACUCCACCCGGGCAGUCCUACACAUCAGGAGGAUCAAGCUGCUGCUGGAGGAGCAGUGGGAGUGCCUGUGUAGGGGUAGCGGGUCGCUGGAGGCAGGGAGGCCCCUGGAGCACCCUGACCCUGAGGUCAACCGCCUGCAGUUGGAGAUGAUGGGGCUCGUCAACGUCCUCUUGGCCUGCUAUCACGACCUUGGGCGCUCGGAAGGGGAUCGAACACCACAAGAAGCUCCUAAAUCCACGAGGACGACGACGGACGAGAGCGCUGUGGCGUCAAAAGACAUCCACUUUGCGGGUGUUAAUGAAAGAUGUUCAGAGACCGACCAGGUGAGUCAGGACCGUCUCGCCCAAGGAGACCCUUCCGAUCAGAAGGAUGAACCCCACGUCCCAGAGGAGAUGCCCUUCACUCAGAUGUACCCCCAGGCCUCGGAGCACCGCCAGGGAGAGACUGUCCCAGACCCAGACCCAGACCCAGACCCAGGCCCGGGCCAGGGGGAGGCUGUCCCAGACCCAGACCCAGGCCAGGGCUCCGUCCCGGGCGGAGAGGCCCCGGGUGGGGCAGAUGGAGGUGCGGGGCCCGUGGUCCUGGGGAGGCACGAGCAGAUGGAGUCGUCAGCCCAGGGGGAGCAGAUGGAGACGGACCCUGGCUCGCCACCGACCACCAGGGGGAGCGAGGCUGUUAGUGAGGAGUUUAUGGCAGCCUGUCAGUUUCUGAAAGACCACAUGGAGAACAUGGACAAUCCCAAUAACGACAUGCGGAAGGCCUUGGUGGUGCUGUUCCACCAUUGGUUCGGUGUCGCGGCAGAGGAGAAGGCAGCAGCCAAUAGCGUGUCUCUCUAUCUGGGCGAGGUGAAGAAGACCACACCCCCCCUGUUGUGCUUCCUCGUCAACCUGGCCGACGACAACGGCAACACGGCUCUGCAUUACAGCCUGUCCCACUGCAACUACAGCAUCGUCAGCCUGCUGCUGGAGACAGGCGUGAGCGACGUGGACCUCCAGAACAAGGCGGGCUACACCGCGGUGAUGCUAGCCUCCCUGACGGCCCCCGACGGGCCGGGGGGUGUGGAGGUGGUGCGCAGACUCAUGGAGCUGGGGGACGUCAACAUAUCUUCCUCCCAGACUGGACAGACGGCGCUGCACCUGGCGGUCAGGCACGGGCGCGUGGUGAUGGUGAGGCUGCUGCUGAGCUUCGGGGCCCGGGCGGACGUGCAGGACACCCAGGGGACCACGGCCCUCAUGUUCGCCUGCGAGCGCGGCCACACGCACAUCGUUCGCCUCCUCCUGGAGCGAGGCCACUGUGACCUGGCUCUCACCGAUAAGCGGGGUCUGACGGCGCUCAGCCUGGCCGCGCAGGGAUCCCACGCAGACACGGCGUCGCUGCUGCAAGCCCACGCUAAAGCCCGCGCGCUCUAAACCACCGCCACUCCCCACCAGACAGAACUCGGCGGAACCUGUUGUCACCCGUCCAACGACUCCCGCCAGUGUUGUUUGUUUUCCCUUUGGGUGGGUAACGUCAUACAUGCUGUUCCUUAUUGAUGAUUCAGUGUAUGAGAUGAACGCAUUCAGGCAUUACGGAGAUUAAUUUUAAUUAUAGCCUGGCUGCGCGGCUGCAUUCGUUUACAAAGAAAAGGCUUUUCAUGUGUUGUGUCGCUUCUUUUUAUGUUAAAAUAUGGUGGCCGACUUAAUUAAUCCCAGACGGGGAAUUCUGAAUGACUAGGAAAUUCUGAAUGAUGUGCAAACAUUAUUUCAACUGCUAUACAUAUCACCAAAGUAUGUCAUCUCAGCUCCGCAUUUUGAAUAAGAUGUAAAAAUUGUUUGCUCGUUAUUAGCUAUCCCAGUAUGGGUCAUGGUUAUAGUUUGAGCACCAAAACCGCCCAGGAGAUGGCGCUGCUUCCCUGAACUCCACUCACUCUACACACUAAAGCCCCUCGAACCUUGUCUCCAGCGUUUUUGGACAUAGAAGGAUAGAAUGCUAAAAAUGAGCCCAGCCAAAGGAUUAACCGUAAUCCCUUUUGAGUGUGACAAACAAUUAUAGUCACGACACUCACUGCAUUGUAUUGAUGCGGCUGCAGAAAGACACUCAAGCACACACAAAAAAAACAAUAGCCUAAAAACAACCAGUGAGUGAGUGGCUCAUUGCUCCCAAGUCCCUCAGGAAAGUUUAACAAGAUGGAUAUUGUUUUUAUUUAUUAUUAUUUUGUAUAAUUCCUCUCAUUUAUUAUCCGAAGCCAGCGUUUUUUUCUUUACCCCAGGGGAUUCGGUUUAUAUGCAUUUGUCGUCAACGCAAUCUUUUAAAGGAAAUAAAUGUCUGAUUUGCAGGCCUACGUGUUAAACAUA